CUGUCGUGCCACCCGUCCGCCCACACCACCCCCUUCGCCCAUUGGUGGCUGGGCUGGGCUGGAGCCUAUCAGGAGCGGGCGGCGAUCCUGCGCCGCCAUUGGCUGAGUCGUGGGUGGGAGAUGGAUGUGCGGAGACUCCCGAUUGGUCGGCGCGUCGCCGGGGCCGACCCUGAUUGGUGGAGGGUGGUCGGGGUGGGAAGAGGGGGGUUGGGUCUGUGACGCGACAGGAGCCCCCCCUCCCGUCGCCAUGGUGACGCGCCCGGCGGCGGGAGGGAGGCCCAUGGCGAUGCUCGGCGUCACCCAGCUGGGCUACCGGGACCCCUUCGGGGGUCGCCUGCGGCGGCCGGCCAGAGAUAAGUUGAGGAGAGCAGACAGUAACCCCUCCGAGGACGUGUGCAAGGUGCGAGGUCGACCCAAACUCGCGGUCGGCCCCGAGGUUGCCGAUCCCUACGUCCGCACGACGGAGCAGUGCUUGGAGGAGACCUAUUUUGGAAAACUGCCUCCCAUCUGUGACACCAGCAUCCCGCUGCCAGAGGUUCCCUACCACGAGAGGAGUGUCGAGAAGUUCACCCUGCUGAAGAGGCUGGGAAGUCUCCCAAAAGCUCCCAAUCUGAUAUACCGUGAGCCGUUGACUACCAGCCAACUGUACGGGUGGUGGCUGCCUCCUGACCCUGGGGAGAAACUGGAGACCAAAGAACCUUGGACACGAAGCACUCGGUACCCCCUGGUCCAGAGUGAGAUGACACGGUUUGUGAACCGGAUGAUGUUGACGGAUCCGGGGUUCUGGCUGUACUGAGAGUCAGUGCGCGGUGCGCCCAGGCACAGGGUCUGUGCUGAGCGAGAAAGGACAAGACAGCGGGCUGGAGGUGGUCUCCACGACUCCCUCCCUCCCCACACUGGGCGACUGCUCGCGCACCACACUGCCCUGGCAGACUGUGUAAAUAUUAACCCCCCCCC